UUUCAUACUAGCCUACGUAGUUGAUAUCACCUAGAGAACGCAGUGUCACGGACAGACAAUUCUUCCCAUUCUACCAGCUAUAAUAAAUCCUAAUGGGAAAGGUAGAGGUUACGAGGUAGGUAAGAAAAAAAUGUAGCCUAUGUUGUUCAAACAUUUUAAGACAGAAAAUAGCCUAAAAAUAAUCGGUUUAUCAUCCCCGAUAUAGCCUACAGUCAAACUUUGGGGGUGGGAUUAUGGUUUAUGUUUCGUCUAUCGUGUGACAUAACUGAAUGUAGGUUGCUAAUGCUAGUGCUUUUUCUUAACGUUUAUAGAGCAUGUUUAUUUAGCUCGACUUUACUUCAUUCCGCUAUCUCCUUGCGAGUCGCAACUUUAUUUCAAGUAUGUGGCGUGUCGCGAAUGUCUUAGUGGCAACAGUCAGUAGCCAAAUGUGUGGUGCUUCAAUGUUGUUAUGAUACAGGUGACACUAACCGUAACGUUCUCUACGAUGAGAUAGCUUAGUGUAGCUUACCGAUUUGCACAGUGAAGCGUGUGGUCCUUUUGUAUUUCUUAACUGCGUAUCAAGGAUUGUUCUAGUAAACCGAGGGCAUUUGUAUGACGUUUACGCCUUUAUGUGUCCCUCUACGUACCGACUUUCUCGGUCAUCCUAGACUACUAUUUAUAGUUAAUUUACUUUAAUGUGUUUUGUCAUUAGGACGUUUAUAAACUGUACUAUCUGGUUGUCAAUGCAUGGCUUAUAUGAUGGGGAUAGAUGAAGCAGGUGCAUGCUCUAGUGGCAGCAUGACAGUCAUUUUUUAAGUAUGAUUUUGACAAGCAUAUAGGCAAGUCGUGCAUUCAGAAACGUGGUAAAUAGUUGUAUUUUAUUUUGCACAUUUUAUUUGAAUGUCAUCCUGGGACGUUGAAUGAACCUGUUACCUCACCUGCGUGCAGCACAUGGUAUAACCAUAUACUUUCCUAUCUUUUCUACUUUAUAUUCUGUCUGACAGGUAAUCUGAGGGUGAAAGUAUCAGAUGGUCUUCAGAAGAAUGUGUUUCCCAGCCAAUGAGUACUGGCUGAGGAUGAUGAAGAUACAGGGGUCACCCCAGCAGCAGUGUCAGGGGCUGCAGGGACCUCUGUGAUUGCUGACCUCCCCAGCUCUGCACUGGCUGACCAUGGCCACACAGAGGACACCCCUGGUCAAAGACUUUAACCACUUUAUUACCUGUAACCUGUGCAGAGGUUACCUGAUCAAACCCACCACGGUCACUGAGUGCCUGCACACAUGUAAGUAACACACACUCACACACACACACAUGCUCAUGUACACACACACACACACACACACACACACAAUCACACAAUUCCUGUGCACCAGGUAAUGCAACCUUGUAGUGUAUUCAAGGUUUAAAAAGGCUUCUAAAGUUUUAGUUUCCACUUAAAUGUCAGACUUGAUUUUACCUUACAAAAAAAGGAUCAACCCCUACAAAAAUGUCCAUUAAUUAUAAUCCACAUAAUUGUCCUGUUGCUACAGGAUUAUUUUCCUGCUGUGAGAAACGGGUUAAGUUAAGAUAUUACAUAUUCUUUGUCUAACUUUCUAUUGCUUCCUUCCCUCUAUAUGUCCCCUCACUCCAUUUUCUCCCACAUACACUCUAAGCGUCUUACACUAUAUAAUAGUAGUAGGAUUUAUCUUGUUUUCCAGUUUGUAAGAGCUGCAUCAUCCAGCACUUCGAAGACAGUAACGACUGUCCCAAAUGUGGCAUUCAAGUCCAUGAAACCAACCCUCUAGAGAUGCUAAGGUAUGACACAUACAAACAUAGUCCUCCACUAGCGCUAACCAUCUCUGACAGACAACAACACUCUUAAAAAGAAAUGUGCUAUCUAGAACCUAAGAAGGUUCUUUGGCUGUUCCCAUAGGAUAGCCCUUUGAAGAACCCUUUUUGUUUACAGGCAUAACCUUUUUGGUUCCAGGUAGAAACUUUUUGGGUCCCAUGUAGAACCUUUCCACAGAGGGUUCUACAUAGAACCAAAAAGGGUUCUACCUGGAACCAAAAAGGGUUCUACCUGGAACCAAAAAGGGUUCUCCUAUGGGGACAGCCGAAGAACCCUUUUGAAACUCUUUUUUUCCUGAAUGAAGAUAACAACAAACACUUGGCCUUCACUUUGCUUUGAAUACUGCAAGUGGACUGUCGGCACAAACCACAGCCUCCUCUUUCUCUUUACCUGUGUCACUUCCUCUCUCAUCUUCACUGGUCCUCUCUCUCUUCUCAGGUUGGACAAUACUCUUGAGGAAAUAAUUUUCAAGCUUGUGCCUGGAUUACGAGACAGUGAGUUCUUGUCAUCUAGGAAAAAACGGAUGAUAUAUUUCUUAAUGAUCUCUCAGUCAAAGUCAAUAAUUUCAAUCACUCCUUGAAGGAGACUUGUCAUUAGAUAUAAUGGGACUCAUGAGAGUACCUUGUAUUUCUUCUGUUUUCUUUAUGACUGUGUGUGUGGACCAGAAGAGGAACAGCAGGAGAUUGAUUUCUGGAGGAAGAAUACGUCACAAGAAAAUGGACAAGGUACGGAAUAAGUCUCAGUAACGAAGUCACUCUCACAAAUUGUACUGGGUGUUACUGUAAAAUGUAAUAAGUAUGUCAUUACACAUUAGUAGAGUAAAGCACUGAUAUUGGACAUUUCUUUCAGCUAGGCUUGCUAGUAUGAUCUCCUGAAAUCACAUGUGCUCUGCGAUCCCACAGGAGGCGGCCUUGGGUCUAAGAGGCUUGGGCUCAGUGAUGAUGAGGAUGGUGAUGAAGAUGGUCAGGAUUAUCACAGGAGCGACCCCCAGAUAGCCAUCUGCCUGGACUGUCUCCACAACAAUGGUCAUGCUGCAGACAACACAGUGAAGGUGUGUGUGUGUGUGUGUGUGCAGAGGCGCAACGCACAUAGGGAGCAACAGGGGCAUGUGCCCCCUCAGAUUUGUCAGUUUUAAAAAUAAUAAUCAUAAUAAUACAAAAAUAUAUAUUUUUGUUGAAGUUUGUGUUGUUUCUCUGUAAUUCUAAAUUACUAGCCACCUAGAAAUUGUAUGAAGUUGGUUUUAGCUAGCCCAGAUAGGUUCCCAAUCUACCCAACCUCAUAACUAGCUGCCAAGAAGCCAUUUCAGGCUAUCAAUCAAGUGAGAGUAGCUAACUUGUCUAUCUAUCUUAGCUGGCAAGGUUGGUAGACUUUAGAAAAGCAAGCAAUAUACUGAAUAAGACUCACAUUCAUUUCAAUCUUAUACCCAGAUUUUAUCAGAGCUGCAGAGAAGCAUAUUUCGUUUCUUUAAAAAAAGAACCACCAGUCAGGAGGAUACAGACAGAUAUGCAGAAAAAUAAACAUAUUUUUGACACAGAAUUAAGCAUAAUGAUUAUGGCUCUAGAUUGCAGGAAGAUGCUGUUUCGGGUGUUUGAAAAAUGCAAAAUUCUCCAACCCCCCCUAACCAUGCUCACGUACUUGGUGUGUUUGAAUUAUUUUCCUCUUCCCAUGGGAGUGUUCUGUGUGAGUGUUUCUUUCAAUAUGCUCAGGCCAGUUCAGGUAUUAUUUGCGUGUACUCUGUGUUCUAUCUGAAUGUACAAUAAACAUACUCAUGUUAUUUAUCCCAGUGUUUAAUGAAGAAGUUCAUUCGCUGCUCUAGUCGAGUCACGGUGGGAACCAUCAAGAAGUUUCUUAGUCUAAAGUUAAAGCUUUCAAGCUCUUGUGAGGUAAGAUUACUACUGUUUUUAUGUUAUAAUGUACAUAACUUUACACUAUACUGAUGAUGGGUAUAGGAAAGGGAAUAAUGACUAUAACGCGCCUUUGUGUUUGUUUACGCGCGAGCGAGCACAUGUCUCUGUCUCUGUCUCUGUCUCUGUCUCUGUCUCUGUCUCUGUCUCUGUCUCUGUCUCUGUCUCUGUGUGUCCUCUCUCCCCAGCUGGAUGUGCUGUGUAACGGGGAGAUCAUGGGUAAGGACCACACUCUGGAGUUCAUCUACAUGACACGCUGGAGGCUGCACGGUGACAACGUGAGUCUCUUAUGUCCUGUUUCUGUCCUUUCCUCCACACUUCCCCUGUCUCACCCGGUUCUUAGGUAACCUCUAUACUUCUCAAUGCCCUGUUAUUGAUCAUGUUCUCUCUGGCAUGCCCAGAAAUCUUCCACUCCCACCCUAAUACCCAAUACACAAUAGAUCAGGGGUGUCAAACAUACCGCGAGAGGUUCCAAUCCGGCUCGUGGGUGGUUUGAGUAAAUUUGAUUUGAUUUCGGGGGGAACGAAUGAACUCAAUAUACUUUAAAAUGACUCAAACCAAAUUGAAACUGUCAACGAUAAUGGACCUAGAUUCAUACAGUUUCUUGACUGUCCAGCUUGCUAAUAAUCACUGAAAUGAAAGCUAGAGAGUCAGGGAGCAUAGAAAAUUCCAGAAACGAUGGAUAGAGGACUAUUUCUGGCAAAUUUUGACGCCGUGGAAAUAUAACACAGUUUCUGUGCGGCCCCCUGGACCUUGUUGAAGACCGAAUGCGGCCCUCGGGAAAAAUUAGUUUGACACCCCUGCCAUAGAUAGAGCUCAUUACAACAUAGGAUUGUGUUAUCGUUAUGUCAUUUCCUGCCUGUCCCUGCCCUCCGACCAACUGUCUUUACAUUGGCAGUUCAGCUUUAGUUGUUCUGUCUUCUUACCCAACUGUCACUACCACGGUCAGGCAUUAGGCCUAUUAAAGGGGCUGAUUAAAAAGCCUUCUCGUGUUGCCACAUCCUGAACAACUCGCUCAUAUUAAACAGAGAGCAAAGUAGAAGGAAAGAAACACUGAAAGUUGAAUGAUAUUGUGCUCAUCAGCCUUAAACUACACGUCCCCCCCCCCCCCAAAAAAAAAAAAAAGAGGGGGGGUUUACCCAGUAAACCAGACUCAGGCCCUGACCUUCAGUCCACAAACUGUGUGCUCACGUGCCGCACCAAACUAGGCCAGGCUAAGCCUAGUAGAAUUCAACAAUAGAGAUAUAAGUGUGAAGGGGAGCAUGUAUGACAGCCUGGUGUGUGUGUGUACAGCAUUACAAAUAAAUCCAGACAGUGUUUUAUAGAUGAAUAUCCACCAAACCCCUAGGAAUCAUCAGUAGCAGUAAAGCUUGGACUGACUGCAGAUAAUUCAUAGAGACAUCACAAAAGCAUAACUCAGUGCCAUGCAUCUGAUUUAGAGCUCUGCUACCCAAACCUGAUCAGGUUAGGGCUGGGUAGGGCCUGUUUUAUUUCAUCAAUAACUAGGGUACGAGCCGGGCUUGGGUAUCAUUUGAAAUAAUUAUUAAAUUGAUCACUAACAUUUUGAAGCGGAGCCAUUUGCUCCCUCCUGCUCUGCUGCUCAGUGUCUCUGUACAGUCAUAUCUUACUGUCAUAACAUGGUGUUAGAAGUGCUUCAACCUCGUAAAAUAUAAGACCAGAACAUUAUCCGAGUCGACAGGAGAGAUUAUUUCACAGAAAAUAAUAAUAAUCAGUGAGUUUUGUCAGAGUUUAGAGUGAUAAAAAGUAGCUAGUUAACAGCUCUCUCUCUCUCUCCUCUCAUGAACACUCAACCGUAGCCGUUUCUAUGGAUACUCACACAUGCAGAGAGCGCAUGGAGCAGAUGCAGCGCAGGGACAGAGCGGGGGGCAGACAGAGAAAGUUAUUUGAGGUUCAGGCAGGGCAGGGCCGGCCUUAUAUUUCGCAGAUUCAAUCAGGCCUGGGUAGGGAAGGACAUGAACAUCGUAGGCAUGGGUAGAGAAGGACAUGAACGUCGUAGGCAUGGGUAGGGAAGGACAUGAACGUCGUAGGCAUGGGUAUGAACGUCAUAGCCUUGGGUAGGGGGGACAUGAACGUCGUAGGCAUGGGUAGGGAAGGACAUUAACAUCGUAGGCAUGGGUAGAGAAGGACAUGAAUGUCGUAGGCAUGGGUAUGAAUGUCGUAGGCGUGGGUAGGGAAGGACAUGAACGUCGUAGGCAUGGGUAUGAACGUCAUAGCCUUGGGUAGGGGGGACAUGAACGUCGUAGGCAUGGGUAGGAUAGGACAUGAACGCCGUAGGCAUGGGUAUGAAUGUCGUAGGCAUGGGUAGGGAAGGACAUGAACGUCGUAGGCAUGGGUAGGAUAGGACAUGAACGUCGUAGGCAUGGAUAGGAUAGGACAUGAAUGUCGUAGGCAUGGGUAGGGGAGUACAUGAACGUUGUAGGCAUGGGUAUGAAUGUCGUAGGCAUGGGUAUGAAUGUCGUAGGCAUGGACAUGAACGUCGUAGGCAUGGGUAUGAACGUCGUAGGCAUGGGUAGGGAAGGACAUGAACGUCGUAGGCAUGGGUAGGAAAGUACAUGAACGUCGUAGGCAUGGGUAGGGAAGGACAUGAACGUCGUAGGCAUGGGUAGGAAAGUACAUGAACGUCGUAGGCAUGGGUAGGGUAGGACAUGAACGUCGUAGGCAUGGGUAGGGGGGGACAUGAACGUCGUAGGCAUGGGUAGGGGGGGACAUGAACGUCGUAGGCAUGGGUAGGGGGGGACAUGAACGUCGUAGGCAUGGGUAGGAAAGUACAUGAACGUCGUAGGCAUGGGUAGGGAAGGACAUGAACGUCGUAGGCAUGGGUAGGAAAGUACAUGAACGUCGUAGGCAUGGGUAGGGUAGGACAUGAACGUCGUAGGCAUGGGUAGGGGGGGACAUGAACGUCGUAGGCAUGGGUAUGGGGGGACAUGAACGUCGUAGGCAUGGGUAGGGGGGGACAUGAACGUCGUAGGCAUGGUUAGGGCUUGGGUUUACAUGUCAUGUCUGUGCAGGGCUCUAAUCUGAAUGUCCAAUACUGUCUUCUUUCAACUGUCAGCCAUAGGGAUCUGGGGGGGUUCACAGGAAAGUGUGUUCUCCUUAAAACACCAUACAUGAAAACUUUGGCUUGAAGUCAGUUGAAAGGGGCAAUUCUGUCUGAAAUAUGGGCCAUUUUAGAUGGAAUUGCAAAGCUCAUUAGUUAAAUACACUUGUCAGAACGUGCCAGCAUCUACUAGGCUAUUUACUUUGCAAGUUGUGUCUGUAUACAUUUCCAGGUAACUGAGAAUAAACAGUACUCUCUCUACACUCUCUCCUCAGACAUAUCCCAUGGUCCUGGAGUACAGGCCACGAAUAGACUUUGGCUGAACAAAGCCCUUGAGAAGCUUUCAUCGACAAACAAAGCAAUGACUGGAUGUGCAUCAAGUUGAGGCCAGGGACUCAAGCCUUCCAAACGUUUUGAACUUCUGUUUCACUUUGUUGUGUCCUUCGUUGUUGAACAUUUUGUGCUUGUGGCCAAAGUGAUCUUCAAGACAAGUAACU